GAAAGGUCACAGGUCACCACAGGAGUGAUGCUGGACCAUAUUAGGAUGCACACAUUUCAUCUUUCAUUGUAGGUGCACGUAAACAGCCAGGUAUGUGAAACUCCUUGAAUGUCCGACUGGAGGAGUGGCUUUCUGUCUGGAGUCAGCUGCAUGGAGUGGUAAUGGGGGAAACAUGGUCCGAAUCUAAGCAGAUGUGGAAGCUCAAUAUCUCCUACGUCAUUGUGAAGGAUCAGCAAUUAGAUCAACUAAAUGUUUCCAAUGAAUCUGUGACAAGACGGACAAGUCAUUGUUACCCAGAAAAGGCAUUCAGUGAUAAUGAAGAAAUAAACAACUCUUUUGCAACCCUCCAUCCCGCAUCUCCAAGGCAGACUACACAUCCAACCCGCAACGGUCCACCUCCAGGCCUUGUGCAGACACUGAUCUCCCCAUACCCAUCCCGCCACCAGCCCAAAGACAUUCCGCGCCACGCCCUGGUCUGCCUGAUCAAAUGCCCAAAAACAACAAGGCCGUCAAGAGAGAGCUUGACGAUGAUGUCACUGAGUCCGUCAGAGACCUGCUAUCCAACGAGGACACGUGCGAUGACUCCUUCAAGAAGAGCUCGCUGAUGGUGGGAGGUGAAGGGGAUGGGAAGGAGCUGAGCCAGGACACGGAUGUGGAGGACGGGGGCUCAGACGCAGAGGACGACGCGUCAAGGCCAGCCUGGAACAGCAAGCUGCAGUACAUCCUGGCCCAGGUGGGCUUUUCUGUAGGCCUGGGCAAUGUCUGGAGGUUCCCCUACCUGUGUCAGAAGAAUGGCGGGGGGGCAUAUCUAGUCCCCUACCUGAUCCUGCUGAUCGUGAUCGGCAUCCCGCUGUUCUUCCUGGAGCUGUCGGUGGGACAGAGGAUCCGCAGGGGGAGCAUCGGGGUUUGGAACUACAUCAGCCCUCGCCUGGGGGGCAUCGGCUUUGCCAGCUGUGUGGUGUGUUUCUUCGUGGCUCUCUACUACAACGUCAUCAUCGGUUGGAGUCUCUUCUACUUCUCCCAGUCUUUCCAGCAGCCUCUGCCUUGGCAUGAGUGUCCCCUGGUCAAGAACCAAACCAAUACAUAUGUGGUGGAUGAAUGUGAUAAGAGCUCGGCCACCACCUACUAUUGGUACCGCCAGGCCUUGGACAUCUCCGACUCCAUCGCCGAGGGCGGAGGCCUCAACUGGAGGAUGACGGUCUGCCUGCUGGCCGCCUGGUCCAUGGUCUGCCUUGCCAUGAUCAAGGGCAUCCAGUCCUCCGGGAAGGUAAUGUACUUCAGCUCGUUGUUCCCCUACGUGGUGCUGAUCUGCUUCCUGGUCCGGGCUCUACUCCUGAAAGGCUCUUGGGACGGGAUCCGACACAUGUUCACACCCAAGUUGGAGAUCAUGCUAGAAGCCAAGGUGUGGCGUGAGGCAGCCACUCAGGUCUUCUUCGCCCUGGGCCUGGGCUUUGGAGGGGUCAUAGCCUUCUCCAGUUACAACAAGCGGGACAACAACUGCCACUUCGACGCGGUUCUGGUCUCUUUCAUCAACUUCUUCACUUCUGUGCUGGCCACCCUGGUGGUGUUCGCCGUGCUUGGCUUCAAAGCCAACAUCAUGAACGCCAAGUGUAUCAUUAAGAACACAGGGAAGAUAGUGCAUUUGCUGGGGAACGGGGUUAGCCGCGACCUGAUUCCCCACCACAUUAACUUAAGCUCUACUGUGAGUGCCGAGGACUACCAAGAGAUGACAGAGAUCAUCAGAAAUGUGACAGCGCAUGAUUAUCCACGGCUAGGCCUGGACUCCUGCAGCAUUGAGGAAGAGCUUAACAAGGCUGUGCAGGGUACUGGCCUGGCCUUCAUCGCCUUCACCGAGGCCAUGACCCACUUCCCGGCUUCACCGUUCUGGUCUGUGAUGUUCUUCCUGAUGCUGGUCAACCUGGGUCUUGGCAGCAUGUUUGGGACUAUCGAGGGGAUCAUCACACCCCUGGUGGACACCUUCAAAGUCCGCAAGGAGAUCCUCACAGUGGCCGUGUGUCUGCUGGCCUUCUUCAUUGGCCUACUGUUUGUCCAGCGCUCCGGGAACUACUGGGUGGCCAUGUUUGACGACUACUCAGCAACACUGCCCCUGCUCAUUGUGGUGAUCCUGGAGAACGUGGCCGUUGCUUGGGUCUAUGGGACGGACAAGUUCUUUGAGGACCUGAAGGACAUGCUGGGCUUCACUCCGUUCCGGUUCUACUACUACAUGUGGAAGUACGUGACUCCCCUGCUGUUAAUCCUGCUGCUGGGCUCCAGUGUGAUCCAAAUGGGAAUGACCCCACCCAGCUACAGUGCCUGGAUCCAGGAACUUGCGGUUGAGAGGUCCCUGAGGUACCCUGCUUGGGGCCUGGCCGUAUGCAUCUCCCUGGUGGUGGCAGCCGUCAUGCCUGUGCCCGUGGUCUUCCUCCUGCGCUACUUCAACGUGAUCGACGAGAACGCUGGCGUGGCGUCCACCAUCUCCUACAAGAAGGGCCGCAUCAUCAAGGAGAGCGCCCUGCCCGAGGACGACGACGACUUAAGCCUCAUACGCGCCAAGUCGCCGGGCAGCGAGGCGCCCUCACCCAUGCCUGGUAACAGCAUCUACCGUAAACAGAGCGGUGGGGUCCCUGAUGUCGCGCCAAAUGGCCGCUACGGCAUUGGCUACCUGAUGGCCGACAUGCCGGACAUGCCUGAGUCGGACUUAUAGGGCAACUUUACAGGGAGUGGUCUUCGGCCCUCCCACGCUCCUGGCUGGCCAACCUCAUCCCUGUUCUGCGUGCAUUUAGUUGAGGGAAUCAUCUGCAUAUUUUGUUUGUACUGUAUCUGUAUUGUUCUUUUCUUAGAUAUGUCUUAGCUGUCGUUCUCGUCCCCUUUUGCUGUAAAACCAAUAAAAGAGUGUGUGUACAAUGUACACUUUACGUACUCACGAUCUCGUUCCCCUUCCUUGGCGUAGUCCCAAACCAACAUCUCUAGUUUCCUGUCCUGGACACCUGGUUGACCGUACCCUACCAGACAGGAUGGUGGUGGUUUCAGCAAUAAGGUCAAGACAAAGGUCUUCACAAAGCAUAAAGAGGAAGGCAGGAGAAUACCAUCUCAAUUCAGUCACUUGGAGAAGUAAACAGAAAGGAAAAGGCUCCUUAACCCUAGAAAGGCCAUUUUUGUCAAGUUAUGUUUUGUAAGAGUUCAAGAGUCCUCCCAGGUCCUGCUGUAGAAUGCCUAUGUACAUUAUGAACUCACUGCAGGCCAACAGAGCUGAGAUUAGUAGCAGUGUAGCUGCAUUGGAUGGUGUAUGUGUU